AUGUCUUAUAGAGAACUCCGCAAUUUCUGCGAAUAAAUGAGGGCUUUGGGUUAUCAUAGAAUAAUUUCAAUGGAAAAUUUUAGAAGGCCUAAUUUUGAGCUUGUAGCCGACAUUCUUUUUUGGUUAGCUUAAAAGUAUGAUCCAAAUUCGGAUAUCUCUGAUAAUAUUGAUGAAGAGAGAAACAGAGUAGAAUUUAUUAAGCAAAUCACCACUUUAUUUGUGAGUAAGGCAAGACUUAAGAUAAACCCAAAAAGAUUAUAUAUGGCUGAUGUUUAUGCAGUCUAAGAAAUUUUGAAAAUCUCAACUUUAUUAUAUUAAUCUUAUGUAUGUCCACCAGCUGAUGAAGAUGAGAUUCACGAUUUUUCCCUCCCAUCAAAAUUAAGUAAUAUUAAAAGUCAUAAAAUAUUGGCUCAAGAAAUUACUGAUCUUGCCACAAGACUAUAUGAUUAAUUGGGGAAGGAGGAUGAAGUCAAAAUAGCUAGAGAGAAAGCUUUGCAAUUUUUGUCAAAUGUCUCCCGAGGAGGAAAUUCACAAUCUGAAUAAUCUUAAAUCUAAAUAUGCAUCCAAACCAUAUUGAAAUAACAAGAAUAAAAUAAUUAGGAGAUGUUGAAAUAUGUGGGUAAUUUAGAGAGGGAUCAAAAAUAAUUGGAUGAAAAGAUUAAGAGAAAAACAAAAGAACUAGAAUAAGCAGAGAAAAGAUUAAAGGGUAUGAAAAGUGUUAAGCCUUCUUAUUAAGAGGAAUAUGAUAGAUAAGAAUAUGAAUUAGAGAAGUUAUAUCAAAUUUAUGUAGAGAAGCUUAGAAAUCUAGUUUAUUUAGAGCAUGUCUUGGAUGAACAAAUUAGGUAGGAAGAAUUAGAGUAAAAGAGGAAGGAUGAAUAACUCGAAAAAAUAUAGAGAGGCAUUAAGGAUCAAGAGUAUAUUGAAAUUAUGGGAGGGGGCGAUGAAUAGGUAGAUUAAUAGGGAAGAGAUUCUCGGUUAUAAUCAAGUAAUAAGGAAAAGCGUAAUAAUGAUUUUAUGAGAACUUAAUAAGGUGGAUUUAAUAGAUAAUAAAUGGAUGAUGAUGAUGAUGGAGAAGAAUUGAGUGCUGGUGAUAUUGAUGAAGGAGAUGAUGAGGAUGAGGAUGAAUUAGAAGAUGAUGAUGAUGAAUUUUAAAAUAUAGAGGAUCGCGAUGAAGUUGACUUUUGA